CGCAAUAAAUCACAAACGGCAGACCGACAUGUCGUGACUCUGGCUAACUUUACAACGCGAAUUGAAAUUGUUCUGCUUUCUCGAGCCAUUAGUCACGGGAUACUAUUUUUAAAAAGCGAUCGCUUGAUGAAAGAAGAAAGUAAAAUGGUAUUUUUAUUCAAAUCGUCUAACGUUCUUUUCUUCACGUUUCGUUUCAUAAUGGCGCAUAGGCGCCACAGAGAAAAACGAAAGCAAAGUUAUAAACAGUGGUCGCGUCGAGGAAGGAUAAUAUGGAAAUAUUCAAAGAAUCCGGAAGAGAACGUGUGCACAGAGGUAACGAUAUUAACGUUCAUGGACACUUUCGAAGCGUUGCGCAAAUAUAAUUUCACAAACGCGGACGAAAUCCUACAUUCUCUGAUUGAUUGAAAGGAGAUUUGAUGAUCAUUCUUCAAUCGGUAAACUUUAAUUGGUAAACCUGUUAAGAAAUAAUGAAUGAACGUUACGUCUGUAUUAUUCUUCGUUUUAAUACUCCUUUCGAGUCGUUAAACUUUAUCGCCUUUUGUUUUUGGACAAAUAUAUAUAUGUAAUUAUAACUACGUAACUACGUCCAUUUUAUUUCUGCAAUUCAUCGUUUCAAUUAUAGUUUUAUCUAUUGCAAAAUUAAAUCUCUCUAAUAAACAAGUGUCACGUCCGUUUCUACGAUCGAUACUAUUAUAAAUAAAUUAACCGUUUUUGUCAAUAGAUUUCGAAACGCUCGUCAGUUGGCAAGCGAUAGACGUACGUCGUUUUAAUCUAUUAUCUUCGUACUGCUUUGUUUCAAAACCGUUUAUCUGAAUCGCGUUCAAGAAACUUUCUAUAUUUCCUCCUUCUAAUUUUAAUCUCUAAACGUUUUAAAACUUCAAUUUUAUAAAUUAUAACGAUUUACUCCACAACAUCUCGACAACACAUCGACAACAAUUUCAUCACUUUCCAGCGAUACACAUCCCCUUCGAUUCCUGAAUCUUCCGAAUCGGACAAUCGAUCCUGGCAAAUAUCCCGAAGCUUAUCGCGUAUUAGUGACGGACGGAAGAGUGGGGGGGAUGGCGCGCACCCGGAAGGAGACGAGCGGCCAUAUAUAAACAUAUACACGUAUGUACACAAUACAUAUGUACCUCUCCAGUGAUACUUGUUUACCAGGCGGAGAGAUAAGAAGAGAGGCGGGAAACCGAAAGCAGGCGGGCAAAGUAGCGACGUUUAGUCGAGGAAACGUGGAUAUAUCGGGCACUCCCGUGGAAGAAAAGCAAGUAGUAGAGCAAGCGAGAAAGGAGUUUCGGCGAAAGGGGAAGGGGAGGGGGGGGUCGUGAAAUGCAAGCAAGGAUGCAGAGGUGGUGUGGCGAAUCAGGACCAGUUUCAGGCCUGCGCUCACUCUUCAUACCCACGUUGCUGCGUGCCGUAGACGGAUCGUGAGAGAAGAAAGAAGAAGAAGAAAAGGAAGAGGAGGUGUCGAGCGGACCGCGAAGGAUCGAGAAAAGGAAAGAAGGGACCAUGCUGGCUCGAGGCGUUUUCUCCUCGAUUUUGUUGAUCAGUUGCGUGACCUUGGGCAGGGCGCAGUUUCGGUGUCCCGAGCCGAAAGGUUUCUUCCCGGACCCGGAACAGUGCGACCUCUACUUCGCCUGCGUGGACGGAAAAGCUGAGGAGAAGCUUUGCAAGGACGGGCUCGUGUUCAGGGACGACAAUCCCAAGAAGGAGCUGUGCGACAUCCCGGCCAACGUUCCCUGCGGAGACAGAACUUUGCUUCAGGAGCCGCAGCCUAGCAAAGGAUGCCCCCGCGCCAACGGCUACUUCAAGCACGAGGACCCGACCGCGUGCGAUCGCUUCGUGAACUGCAUCGACGGCGUUGCCCAGACGAUGCCCUGCCCGCCUGGCCUCAUCUACGAGGACAAAAUGUCGAGCUGCGUGUGGCCGGCUGACGCGAGCAGACUGUGCGAGAACGUGAAGAGGGACGUCCUCGACGACGGCUUCGUUUGCCCUGACGGGGACGUGGCCGGCCCUCUGGGCAGGAUUCUGCCCCAUCCGACCUAUCCGCAUCCGGACGACUGCGCCAAAUUCUACAUCUGCAAGAACGGCGUGGUGCCGCAGAAAGGCCAGUGCGAGCCUGGCACCGUUUACAGCGAGGACAGCUUUAAAUGUAUGGAUCCGGAGAGCGUUCCUGGAUGCGAGGAUUACUACAAGAACAAAAACUAAUUGAAAGACAAGGUGCCAGUUUACUCAGCGAUACGUCUGUGACGCUUAAUUUUUUUUUUUUUUUUUUUUUUUUUUACAUUUAGGAACAAUAAACCGGUGAUACACUUACGUAAA